AAUAGAAGAUGUUCGUGAUGAUGAUGUAGAUUGCAAAGGAGAAGAAGUUGUUAUUGUUUGUGAUGAUGGUGUAGGAUAUUGUGAAGGAGAAGAAGUCAUUGUUAUUUGUGAUGAUGGUGUAGAUUGUGAAGAAAAAGGGCUAUUGUUAUUCGUGAUGAUAGUAUAG